UAAGAGCAACACAUUAGCGAGCAGCGCCAGCCCCUCCUAGACGAGCGUCGAGCGCAUCGAUCUGAACGUCUGACGCAACCAUCAGCAACUAGGAACUGCGGGCUGACAUAGAAACACGUGUACCGCAUCCUUAUAUUGGAUUGGGCCCUGCAAACAAGUCAGAAUGGGUGAAUGUCUGACCCCUGAAGGAAAACUACAGCUUGUUACACGCAACCUGCAGGAAGUUCUAGGCGAGGACAAGCUAAAAGAACUCCUAAAGGAGCGGGAGCUUAAAGUAUACUGGGGCACAGCCACUACAGGAAAACCUCAUGUAGCUUAUUUUGUUCCAAUGUCCAAAAUUGCUGACUUCCUAAAGGCUGGUUGUGAGGUAACAAUCUUGUUUGCAGACCUCCAUGCCUAUCUAGAUAAUAUGAAGGCACCUUGGGAGCUGCUGGAGCUUCGCACCCGCUAUUAUGAGAACGUUAUCAAAGCCAUGCUACAAAGUAUUGGAGUACCUUUGGAGAAACUGCACUUUGUUAGAGGGACUGACUACCAGCUUAGCAAGGAGUACACAUUAGAUGUGUACAGGCUGUCCUCAGUGGUCACUCAGCAUGAUGCCAAGAAAGCUGGAGCGGAGGUGGUGAAGCAGGUGGAGCAUCCGCUGCUCAGUGGGCUGCUGUACCCGGGAUUACAGGCACUGGAUGAAGAAUACUUGAAAGUUGAUGCACAGUUUGGAGGUGUCGAUCAGAGAAAAAUCUUUACAUUUGCUGAAAAGUACCUUCCGGCUCUGGGUUACACAAAGCGGAUCCACUUGAUGAACCCUAUGGUUCCUGGACUUACAGGCAGCAAGAUGAGCUCAUCUGAAGAGGAAUCAAAAAUCGAUCUCCUAGACUCCCCUUCUGAUGUGAAGAAGAAGCUAAAGAAAGCUUUUUGUGAGCCAGGAAAUAUAGAGAAUAAUGGUGUCUUAAGUUUUGUUAGGCAUGUCCUCUUCCCUCUUAGGUCAGAGUUUGUUAUUCUUCGUGAUGAGAAAUUUGGUGGAAAUAAAACCUACACAGACUUUGAUACGCUGGAAAAAGACUUUGCCGAACAGAACGUUCAUCCUGGAGAUCUUAAAGCUGCGGUGGAAAAAGCGCUCAAUAAAUUGUUAGACCCAAUCAGAGAGAAAUUUAAUAGCCCAGAGUUGAAGAAAUUAAGUAAUGACGCUUAUCCAAAUCCCACAAAGCAGAAGGCUGCGCCUAAAGCACAAAACAAAAGCACUGGCCCAGAGGAAAUUAUUCCCUCUCUUCUGGAUCUGCGAGUUGGGAAGGUGCUGACUGUCAGCAGGCAUCCAGAUGCAGAAACAUUAUAUGUGGAAACAGUGGAUGUGGGUGAGGAGAGUCCACGUACUGUGGUUAGUGGAUUGGUAAAGUUUGUGCCCUCAGAAGAACUGUUGGGACGCUCAAUUGUUGUCCUGUGCAACCUAAAGCCUCAGAAGAUGCGUGGCGUGGAGUCACAAGGCAUGCUGCUGUGUGCAUCUAUAGAAGGAGAAAAUAAACAAGUAGAACCUCUGGACCCUCCUGCAGAAUGUGCUCCUGGAGAGCGAAUUUAUAUUGAGGGAUAUGAGAAUGGAGAACCUGAGGCAGAACUUAAACCGAAGAAGAAAGUCUUUGAAAAGCUGCAGGAGGACUUUAAAAUCUCUGAGGAUUUGUUUGCUCAGUGGAAAGAAAAGAAGUUUCUGACUAAGCUGGGGCCUGUGACCUGUAAAACACUACGAAGUGGAAGUAUUAGCUGAUUGAACACCUCCUAUCCCAUCCAGUAGCUUAGAUGUCGUCAACUCAUGUCUUUGUGAGAAGAAUUGGACCUUAGGAUGAAGAUAUGUCCUGCCAUUUAUAUUGAUAGGUGCAUGGGGCUGCAUCUGCACACAUCAUUCCUGUCCUGGUCUUAACCAUUGUACUGUCAAAUCAAAUAAAGACUUCUCAUUUA